AAGCUCUGGGGAGAAGCAGACAAAACGCAGCGAAGGCAUGGGAUCUGGACCUGAGGCUCGCACUCUGAAAGGCACAAAGAGUUUUCUGAAACCAGAGGAUGCAGGGAUGCUUUAAAAUUUUCUCUUAAGCUGUCUUUGUGGAGUGGCUUUUUUUUUUUCUUUUUCUUUUUUUCCUCUCCAUUUGUUAGUGACUCAACACAGGGAUAAUUCAUCUCGUAGCCCAGCCCCUCUGAAUUGGAUCAUGCCCCCUAGAUAGCAGCCUCAUCCUCCUCUCCACUCCCCCUCCCUGCCCCCUCAGCCCCUUCCUCCACCUUCCUGGUCCAACACCACCACUGCCACCUUUGUCUCCUCAGUCAUCAUGCCCCCCAGGAAGAGGACGCGGUCGGGCUUGGGCUUCCUAUGCUGCUUUGGCAGCAGUGAGCCCCCAGAGAUCAACCUGAAGGACAGCGUGCCGCUGCAGCUGCUGGAGUUCAGCGCCCCCAUGCCACCUGCAGAAGAGCUGCAUGCACGUUUCUCCGAACUGGUGGAUGAACUGGAUUUGACAGAUAAGAACAGAGAGGCCAUGUUUGCUCUGCCUGAUGAGAAGAAAUGGCAAAUCUACUGCAGCAAGAAAAAGGAGCAAGAGGACCCCAACAAACUGGCCACCAGCUGGCCGGAUUACUACAUAGACCGUAUUAACUCCAUGGCGGCUAUGCAGACAUUGUUUGCCUUUGAUGAGGAGGAGAUGGAAAUGCGGAACAAGGUGGUAGAAGAUCUGAAAACGGCACUCCGAACUCAACCGAUGAGGUUUGUCACACGCUUCAUCGAACUCGAUGGCCUCACCUGCCUCCUCAACUUCCUGCGUAGCAUGGACUACGAGACGUCAGAGAGCCGUGUGCACACCUCCAUCAUUGGCUGCAUCAAGGCCCUGAUGAACAACUCGCAGGGCCGUGCACACGUCCUGGCCCACCCUCAGAGCAUCAACACCAUCUCACAGAGCCUGCGGACGGAGAACAUCAAGACCAAAGUGGCGGUGCUGGAGAUUCUCGGGGCUGUUUGCCUGGUACCAGACGGGCAUAAGAAGGUGCUGCAGGCCAUGGCACAUUACCAGAAAUAUGCUGCUGAGAGGACUCGCUUUCAGUCGCUGCUGAAUGAACUGGACAGAAGUACUGGCCGCUACAGAGAUGAGGUCAACUUGAAGACUGCCAUCAUGUCCUUCAUCAAUGCUGUGCUGAAUGCAGGAGCUGGAGAGGACAACUUGGAGUUCCGCCUCCACUUAAGGUACGAGUUCUUGAUGUUGGGCAUUCAGCCGGUCAUUGACAAGCUCAGAGAGCACGAAAACGCCACCUUGGAUAGGCAUUUGGAUUUCUUUGAGAUGGUGAGGAAUGAAGAUGACUCAGAGCUGGCCAAAAGGUUUGAUAUGACCCAUGUAGACACAAAGAGUGCCGGCGCCAUGUUUGAGCUCGUCAAGAAGAAACUGAGCCACACAGAUUCUUACCCACACCUCCUCUCCAUCCUCCAGCACUGCCUGCAGAUGCCCUAUAAACGUGCAGGUGGCAGCCUCCAGCACUGGCAGCUCUUAGACCGGAUCCUCCAGCAGAUAGUCCUGCAGGACGACAAGGGAGAGGACCCCGAUGUCGCCCCUCUGGAAAACUUCAGUGUUAAGAACAUCAUUCGCAUGUUGGUCAAUGAAAAUGAGGUGAAACUGUGGCGAGAUCAAGCAGAGAAGUUCAGGAAAGAUCAUGCAGAGCUGCUAGCUAGACUGGAGAGGAAAGAGCGAGAGUGUGAGACUAAAACCCAAGAAAAGGAAGACAUGAUGAAGACUUUAAACAAGAUGAAGGACAAGCUACAGCGUGAGGGCGUGGAGCUGCGUUCGGCCAGGGAACAAGUGUUGGACUUAUCGUCACGCAUUAACGACAGGGCUCAGGGCAGCAGUGUCUCUAUACCGCCUCCACCUCCACCACCUGGCGGCCCCAUGGCACCACCUCCUCCACCUAUGAUGGCCGGCUUUCCUCCACCACCACCUCCUCUACCGUUCAGCUGCCCGCCUCCUCCACCGCCUCCUCCUCCACCUGGGGGACCACCUCCUCCACCAGGAGCCCCUCCUAUGUUUGGAGCUCCACCUCCUCCCCUUCCCUCAUCAUUCAGCUCCAUGAGCAGCAUGCGCUCCAAGUCCAUUCCUCAGCCUUCUCACCCUCUCAAGUCCUUCAACUGGUCCAAACUUGGAGAGAAUGUGAUCAAUGGCACCAUCUGGAACGAUAUUGACGACCUGAGAGCAUUCAAGAUUCUUGACCUGAAGGACAUAGAGAAGAUGUUUUCAGCAUAUCAGAGACAGCAGGACCUGCUAACUAACCAAUCCUUCAAACAGAAAGAGACGGGCUCUAUGGAUGACAUAUACGUCAGCACGAGGAAGGUUAAAGAGCUGUCGGUCAUCGACGGCAGACGUGCACAGAACUGUGUCAUCCUGCUAUCAAAGUUAAAAAUGACAAACGAAGAAAUAAAGAGGGCGAUAUUAGAGAUGGACGAGAGAGAAGAGCUCGCCAAAGACAUGUUGGAGCAGCUGCUUAAGUUUGUCCCGGAGAAAAGUGACAUUGAUCUGUUGGAGGAGCACAAACAUGAGUUGGAGAGGAUGGCCCGGGCUGACCGCUUCCUCUACGAAAUGAGCAGAAUUGACCACUACCAGCAGAGACUGCAGGCUCUGUUCUUUAAGAAGAAGUUUGCAGAGCGUCUUGCUGAAAUUAAACCGAAAGUUGAAGCCAUCCUGAAUGCAUCCAAGGAGGUGGUCCGGAGCAAGCGACUGACUCAGGUCCUGGAGGUGGUGCUGGCCUUCGGCAACUUCAUGAACAAAGGCCAGCGGGGUAACGCCUACGGAUUUAAGGUCUCCAGCCUGAACAAGAUCGUUGACACCAAGUCCAGCAUAGACAGGAACAUCACCAUGUUGCACUAUUUGAUCAUGAUCUUCGAGAAGAACUACCCAGACACGCUGCACAUCCAGGAGGACCUCAGUAGCGUGCCUGUGGCUGCUAAAGUCAAUUUGGCUGAGUUGGAAAAGGAAGUGCAUAACAUCAAGAGUGGACUGAAAGCUCUAGAGGCGGAGCUCCACUAUCAGCAGAGCAGGACACGGGAACGUGGGGAUAAGUUUGUGGCUGUGAUUGGUGACUUCAUCACUGUGGCUGGAUUCAGCUUCUCUGAACUGGAGGACCAGCUAAGUGAAGCCAGGGACAAGUUUGCCAAAUCUCUGAAGCACUUUGGGGAGGAGGAGAAGAGGAUGCAGCCUGAUGAGUUCUUCGGGAUCUUCGACACCUUCUUGCAGUCGUUCAGCGAAGCGCGGCAGGACCUGGAGAACAUGCAGCGACGCAAGGAGGAGGAGGAGCGGAGGGCCCGGAUGGAGGCCAUGCUGAAGGAGCAGAGGGAGCGGGAACGGCGGUCCAAGAAAGGCGGAGCGUCAGACGAGGUCAGCGGGGAGUUCGAUGACCUGGUCUCUGCGCUGCGCUCCGGAGAGGUCUUUGAUAAGGACCUGAACAAAUUCAAGCGUAACCGUAAGCGCUCUGUCAACCAGCUAGUGGAGGGUGGCGGUCGCGAGAGAGCCGUCACCAAGGUGAACUACUAGGUUGGGAAAAAGCCGCAGAAACCAGACAACUAAAUUCUGCCUUGGUGUAGAGCUUGUAACACAUUCAGUCCAGGUCCUGGAACAGUUGCCGCUCACUUUGGAGCAGAUGUAAGUAACAGCUGGACUGGACAUCUAGCGACACACAUGAGCAGCAGAUAUGCCGUCUUGAAGGAUGCAACACUCUGACUGGUCUUAUAAAGCUACUUCCAACCGGUUCGCCCUGGAUGUUGUAAGAUCUCGAUAGCUGGGAUGGAUGGUUGGACAGACCACUGUGACACAUUGCCCCAUGUCAUUUGAUUACAUCCUUUUAACACUGUGCUCAAGGUUCUCUUAUACUUUUUUUUCUCCCUUCACAAACCUGCUCUCUUCCUCUGCGAGCUUCUUGAGGUUGAAAAAGCCCCUACAGUUUGGUUAUCUGGCUCUAAAACACACGAGACAUUGGGAUCAGGCGGUUAUUUUGUACAUAAAGGAAAGGAUUAGAAAAGGGACUAUGAAGCAGCUUCUGGAAGAUUUAAAGAAAAGAAAAAAAAAAACAGAAAGAGAAGAGGGAACCAAGCCAUAACCUCCACAGUCAUGGUCUCUUUUUCAGAUGUUCCCAGGGGGAAAAAAAAAGUCUUCACAGUCACAUAAAAGAUGAAUGUUCAGGAAUUCUGGUAGUUGCAAAAAAUGUGUUGGAGUUGGUAAUUCCAAAGGAUGCGGGGUUAUCACUUUCAAACAGAGGAUUAAUCAGGUGGCAAGCAGCAUUUCCAGGAAGAACAUGCCGACUGUCACUUCUCAAGGAAACGACGACUCAUCUCGAUCCAAACAACGAAAUAAUGACUGUGCCACAUGGAUCGAGCCUCACCUACACUCUGACAUGGUUUCAACAUUGCUCUGGCAUCAAGCAGUGCCAAAGCAGAGAAAAAAAAUGUAAAUGUAUUAAUACAAAAUAUACUGCAAUUAGGCGUUGAUAUAUAUUUAUAUUUAGAUGCAGACAAGCUAAUUGCAAAGAUGUAGAGGUUUUUUAUGUUUUGGCAUUUUGGGAUUUUGUACACACGAUGCAUUCUUUGUUGGUGUUGCAAGUUCACAUUGAUGUUGAAGUGGAUUUCUAUACAUUUUGCGCUUUACAUUAAGAGAUAAAUGCUUCUCCUCACACCUUUAUGUCUUGUUUGCACUGUAGCUUUUCUGACUAACUUUACACUCAAAAUAACACAUGCCAACUUAAGCCUACUCUAAUGAAGGAAUCCUGUAAAUGAUUUAGACUUAAAGAAACUCUACAAUUAGUUAAUGAUCUGCCAUCAGUUUCUGAAGUUCAUUUCUAUUUUUUCCAUCUGUUUUAACUGUAGAGAAUCAUGUGCCGUAUCUGUAGUUUCAUAGCAUCUCUUAAGUCAAAUCAAACCCCACCAUGUGAUGGGUCUAUUUAUUGUUGUAACGUCAGGGUACAACAAGGCACUUAAAUUUCUACUCGAUUGAAGUCAUUGUGGUUCAAACUUCCAGAAAAGAAUCCAAGCUACCAUCUGUUUUUGCAGCUUUUGUUUAUUUUAUCAGAGCCGCACACUGACGCCAGCCUCAUUUUCCUUAAAGGAUGUUGAUGUAGAGUCUAUUUUUUAAAAGUUUAUAAAUGCAUUUCCAAAAGCUAAGCAGCAGGAUUGGUUCUAAAUCCAUUUAGUAAAGAUACAGAAGCUGGCUGUAGGAGGUGCUCACAGAGAGCACGUUACUCCUGGGGUAAAGAGUGACUCCCCCUUUUUUUUUUCCACAUAUGAACGUACAGCUUUAUGUAAGCGGGCUGCUUUUAUCCUGUUAGUGCUUAGAUAACCCUGCUCAUGUCCACAUUCUGCAUGAAGAGGUGUUUAGAUUUGCAAAAAGAGUAUUGGACUGGAAGAUCUUGGGAUUUGACCAAACAGGCCAACGACUUUGCACGAUAGAUCCUGGUUUAGUUUGAGGAAUGAAGUUGUUGUUUCCAUAGAAACCAUUAAAAUAAGCACACAGUCCUUUAUUUGCAGUUUGACCCCAUUCCUCACAUUAAAUGAGAAAUAUUCCAUCUCUAUUUGACUCAAUGAGCACUUGUUGUACAUAAUUUUAAAUGACAACAGACACCAUACAUGCAACCUCCAUUACUGUAUGAUAGUACUACUAGCAGUAAGGAUCCCGACUUGUCCCUCAUUCUGACAGCUUUUCUACUUUAUCUUAAAAUGUUCACCUUUAAGUGCCUCUGAUCCUGCUUUCACACAAUCCAUUCCUCCCACUGUGCUUCAGUGCUUGUGGCUUUCCAGAAAACGUUUGCUGGUAAAAUGGUGUUUGGGAUUAGACUAACUGGCGCCAUCUUGUGGGCCAUUAUGAUACAUUCGCUUUAAGAUCCACAUGUUUGUGCAACACCAGACCCAGACUCAACAGUGUCCACCAAAUAACUCCAGUUGUUUUACUUCUUUGCGGCCGGUGUGCCAUCAGAGAGGUUUGGUUUAUUAGUUUUAAACGAAUGAGCCUCGCAGCUUUAAUUUAUUAUUGCAACACCUCAUCCCAUCAGGGUUUAUUCCUUCCAUUCCCCUUCAGAUUCAAGCAGAGAGAAGCUAAUGUGAGGAAUUCUCAGUGCAGAGAGGGUAUUUUUUAAAGAUCAGUCUGUAAACCAAAUUAAUUUAGACCCUCUUUAAAAUUCCCACAAGAAAAUGAGAAGAAAGUCACAUCUUAAACCAGCAUCUUGUGUAUAUUGAGCUUUUCUAACCUUUGCUCCUUCCUCUUUCCAGGUAAUCAGAGAUAGUAUACCAGAUUUCAGCAAACCCUUUUAAACUCUUAAUUCAGAGCUUUAACCCAUAUUGUAGUGCAGACUAUUUACAGAGGGGUUUUGCAACAUUGUCAGUAUUAAUACAUGUUUGUGUUGUUACAUGUCUGGAUGUGUAUUUGGCCAUUGACUGGCUGUUUUGGGGUGUAAAGAUGGAAUCUAGAGGAAAGAAAUUAGUAGAUUGUUCAAUGCACUUUUAUAAUGGGACAUUUCCAUUUGCAGCACCAGGUUUUUGAGGGCUUUGGGUCCCUCUAGAGGCAAGAUGGGUGCAACGAAAGUGUGGUGCAAAAAUAACACGAGGGUGGAGGACUGAGAGGAAAAGGGCAAGUGAGGUUGGGGCAUCUGGCUGGACCUCUGGAAACAUUAACAAUGAGUGACAGAGGUGGGAUUUGUGGGGAUGUGGAAAUGAAAAGGCGACACUCCUACAGAACAGAGGGUUUGGGUUUUAAACUUAAAAAAGAAGAAGAAAAAAAAAAGGAAGGGCGGGAGGGGUGUCUCCAUCAGCACAUUUCUGUUCUUACAUGCACAUGCCGUCGUUCUGCAUGCCGACAGAAGGGUGCACAACGUGUGAUGUGUUGAUACUUUAAAAAAAACAUUGCUUGCAAAAAUGAAACACACCUGUUUCACCUCAGUUUGUUCUGCCUGAGAAACGUUGCACCCAUUUUUUAAGGUUGUAUAAUUGUGAGGAGUCAGUAUUUUUAUGGUUGGAAAAAAUAUAUCCUCCACUGAAAGAUGUACAGUUGGAAAAAAAGCAUUUUGUACACCAUUGUUGAUGUUUGAGAUAACAUAAAAAAGAUUAAAACAUUGAGGAAUGUUCCAUUUUCCUGUAAAUUGUACCUCUAUUUAUUUGCCUUAUUUAGUUUGCUAUAUUUUGUAUGUACACACAGCAUUACAACAAAAUGUCAUAUUAAAAAUAUGAAUAAUUAAACUGUGGUCCGUGUAUGAUGGAUAGUUCUGAGACUCGUAUAAGAAUGAUUUUUUUUUUUCUAUGAUUUUGUUUUGUAUGUUUUCUCACCCUGUGUCUUUUGUAGGGUUACAAUAAACUUUUGUCCCCCACAGCUGACUGUUUA